AUGUCAAAGUUGGAAAACCUAACUUGUGCCAGUCUGAACAUUACCUUCCAGACAAGCCCGUUUUUUAGCAACCAUCCGACCAGCUCCUCUCCAAUUCUUGCUCCCUGCCUCACGCCGCCCUCUGCACUAAAAACCAUCCCUUCUUCCCACCCAUCCCUUCUUCCCACCCAUCCAUUUUUUUUUAGCCCCCCCCCUCCACUCGGUCACCCUUCUGUCUCACCCACCCACUUCGUUGGGAAUAGAGGAGUCGGUUGGGCAACACCAGUACAUAUCCUCUAUUUCCUUUUUCUUGUUUUUCCUCUUUUUUCAUCUAUUUUGUCCAUCUCUCUUUCUUUCCCUGUCUCCAUUUACAAUUCUUUUUCUCUCUUCUUCUCGCUUUACAUCUCUCUUUCUUUCUCUCCCUUUACAUGUGAUUAUUUCUCACUCUCUCUCUUUACACGUCCGUUUCUUUCUCUCUCUUUACACGUCCGUUUCUUUCUCUCUCUUUACAUAUCUGUUUCUUUCUCUCUCUUUACACGUCCGUUUCUUUCUCUCUCUUUACACGUCCGUUUCUUUCUCUCUCUUUACAUAUCUGUUUCUUUCGCUCUGUUUCUACAUCUUUUUCGUUCUCUCUCUCUCUUUACUUCGCUUUCGUUCUCUCUUUCUCUUUACAUAAUUUUUCCUUCUCUCUUUUUCGUUUUCUUUCUCCGUCUCUACAUCUGUUUCUUUCUCCCUAGCUAUCUUUUUUUUUCAUUUUUUUUUUUUUUUAUUUGUUCAUCUUUUUCGUUUUCCUUCUCGUUUUGGUCUUUCUUUCACUCUUGUCCUUUUUCAUUUCUUGUUCUCUUUUUUCUCUAUAUUUCUUCCUUAUUUGUUUCCUUGACCCCCACAUUUUUUUCCAUUUCUGUUCCUUCCAUAUGUUGA